AUGGCAAAUGCAGGGUCAAGAGACAAUAGCUUAAAAAUAGCGGAAUCUGUCUUAUUUCCAGCCAAAGUUUAUGUCAGGCUGAAUCACAGCGGUCCAUGUAUUUUAUGUCUGACAAAUCAUUUGUGAAACAUAGAACUGAUUGACACAGUAUUUCAGUGGAAUGGACCACGUGGUGGUAUUUCUUCAGAAAACAGCAGUGUGCAAAUAUCACCAACGGGAACUUUAACACUGAGACACUUCAAUUUGGGUGGAGUUUACACUUGUUCCAUUGUUUAUAAUCUAACAGCAAUGCAACCUGAUAAAAAAACUCAUAAUAAAAUAUAUUUAUGGUAAAUUAUCAGUCCAGCUUACUCUGAUCCUGAAAAUUACUAUGAGUUCACAGCUUGGUAUCACACAGCCUCGUGCAACAGUUCUCGUAACACUUCUUUUGAGAAGGCAUUGCUUCAGAUACUAAGCGAAUUUGUUGCUGAACUUUCUUGUGAGUUUGCAUUAAUUAAGUCAGAAUGCCAUAAUGUAAAAAUGCAGAGAGGAGGUCUACAGAAUGAAAUCUUUAUAUUUUCAGAGAGAUUUUUUCAAGCAAUAAGUGGAACUUAUUGCUUAAAACAGAAGGGAAGGGAAAGUUCUGAACCAUUGCCUCAAAUAUACUACAUUGAAGGCACUCUGCAAUGGUACAGGGUAUGCUCUCCCGGGUAUGGAAUGAAUGCUUGAGUCCACCCAGACUGUCCAGAGUGUUGUGUUGUAUGAAACCCAGGAACAUACAAUCCUAGCAAUGGAAUUCAGUCUUUGUGCAACUGUAGUUCAAUAUAUGGAGCAACAAAGUGCUAA